AUGUCUGACUUAGGAAGAAAGAACGUAUCCGACAAGGUUGCUGAAAAGAUCACCCCAGAUUCAGAAAAGACUACCUUCGAGAAGGCUUCUGAAGCAGCUACUGGAGCUGCUGACAAGGUUGCUUCCUCCAUCACUCCAGAUAACCAGAAGUCUUUCACUCAAUCUGUUUCUGACAAUAUCCAAUCUGGCCACGAUGAUGCUAAGACUGCUGUCAACAAGGACCAACAAACCCUCGCUGAAACUGCUUCCGAAUACCUUGAAACCGCUAAGGAAGAAGUUACAAAGGCAGCUAACUACGUCUCUGGUGUUGUCACUGGUGCUACCGAAGGUGCUAAGACUGCAUCUGAAGAUGCUAAGAAGUAA